UGUACAUGUAACACUGAACUAACGUUACAGUGUAAAUAUCUGAUAACGUUAGCUCUUCGACUGGCUUCGACGUUAGUUCUUCGAUCAGAUGCAUUGGAAAGGCCGAAACAUAUUUCACUAUAACAUUGAUAGCUUCCUGGCUAUACAUUCCAACCUCCUCGAAGUUAAUAGGUGUCGGCUAAUAAUGGCUAACAUUGGCUAUGCGCCCUUUAAAGAUACACUGGCUUGUGCGAUUAAACAUUGUAUUCACUAAAUUACUUUCAUUAAAUGGCUUCUGCCUAUAAAGGUCUUCGAUAUAACUAAUCGUCACAAGUUAUCUACUCGAAUGGGAGUGCCACUCUGAAUUUUACUAAUUGAGACAGAGAAUAGCUUGUUCGCCAACUUCGCGUCUUGCCAGCUAGCGAUAGCUGGUGAGCAAAUCAGCUGAACCAGCCAGCUAGACGCAGCCCGUGUGACGCCAUACGUGCAGUAAACCUCUCUCAAAUGUGCUGAGGGGAUGAACAGUCUAUAUCAACCGCUUCAAAACAAUGGGAGACGGGGUGAUUCUACACCAGAUGAUGUCAUUACCUUAGGAGAGUGAGGAGCCUUUUGUCCCUGCACUAAGAGGCCAGUGUGCACAGUGGUACCAGAAAAAGCAAGACGCCAUCGUCUGAUCUUUGGGGCCAAGAACCAGUGUCCAGUGUCCAACACACUCUAAAGCGGCAAAGGUAUGAAAAAUGCAAGACAUUUCUGUUGGCCUGUUGCCAGGCGAACAUUAUUUAUGUCGCCGAAAUCUCUCACUGAAAGUGCUUCAAAGGGCACUUGUGCAUCAGUUUUACCACCUCUGUCUGAUGAAGCGUCUCUGUAUGUCCACUGGCCGUACUGUCUAAAAAGAUGCUCCUACUGCAACUUCAACAAGUAUAUUUCCCGGUCUGUUAACCAUUCGGCCAUGACUGAAUGUUUGCAGAGGGAGACAGAAACUCUGCUGAAGCUCAGUCGUGUGUCUCGUAUUACUUCAGUGUUUUUUGGAGGCGGAACACCUAGCUUGGCACAGCCUGCCACCAUUGCAGCUGUCUUGGAGAGAGUCUCCCAACAUGCUCAGCUACCAGAGGAGGCAGAGGUCACCCUGGAGGUCAACCCAACACCUGCAGGAACGUCCAGGCUGAAAGACUUCAUAGAUGCUGGGAUCAAUCGACUGUCUAUUGGCGUGCAGUCUCUGAACGAUGAGGACCUGAAGCUCCUGGGGCGAGACCACAGUUCCCAACAUGCUCUGCACACCAUCUCUGAGGCCCGCAGGCUUUGUCCAGGGCGCGUCUCUGUGGACGUCAUGUUUGGGCGCCCAGGCCAAAGCGUGGCUUCAUGGGAGACGGAACUGGAGAAGCUGCUGGCGGUCUGCGACCAUCACGUGUCGCUCUACCAGCUGACCCUGGAGAGGGGCACGCAGCUCUUCAAGCAGGUCCAGCGGGGUGAGCUGACUAUGCCCACUGAAGACGUCACCGCCACCAUGUACAUGACUGCAAGGGACAUCCUAGAAAUGCACGGCUUCCGCCAGUAUGAGGUGUCCAACUUUGCCAGAAGUGGUGCUGUAAGUGAGCAUAAUCUAGGCUACUGGAAGGGACAGCAGUACAUCGGUGUAGGCCCAGGGGCCCAUGGCCGGUUCAUGCCCCACUUGGAAGGAUCGGUUCAGAGGGAGGCUCGCACACAGACCUUGGAGCCGGACGUCUGGAUGAGUGAGGUUCAGAAGUUUGGUCACGCUACCCGACGUUGGAUUUCGCUGAGUCACCUCGCACUGCUGGAGGAGGUGCUGGUCAUGGGCCUGAGGAUGACUGAUGGAAUCACACACCAGCACUGGAAACUGUUCAGCCCUAGUGAUAAUCUCCAUGCAGUUCUGGGUCAGUCAGGAGAUGUCCAGGAACUACAGCAGAGGGGACUUCUGAUACUUGAUGACAGGGGUCUACGGUGUUCCUGGGAGGGGCUGGCCUUGCUGGACAGCCUGCUGCCCACUCUGUUACUGCAGCUAGAAACCUAUGUUCGCAGUCAGGGUCGCCGUGGGAACAAGGACUUCAUUCAACCGCAGCACAGAGAAGGGCAGCAGAGGAGGUGACCUACAGACAGAAGGACCCGCCGUGGCCUUCAGUACUGAUUCUGCCCCGACCGACUAAACAUCUGACUGACAUCGCUACUUUCACCUCAGAGGCUUCACCCCAAGCUCCUUUCUUUUUCUGAAAUAGUUUUUUUUUUUUUUUUUUAAAUACUUCUGAGUUAAAUGUGCAUUCAUGUCAGGGUAUGAGAGGAGGCUUUUUUUCACUAUGCCAUCUGGCUCUUUACUGUCAUCCAGGCUCUUAACUCAGCCUCGUUCGUGCUGCCACUUUGACCUACUCAAAGUGGCAGCACGAACGGCUCUCCGACGCUCGUUAUGCAGCCCCUGACCUGUCACAAGGACCACACGCCACGGAACUGUUGAUCACGGCGUGGUGCAGGCGUUCGUCGCAAACCGAGCACAUAGGCGGUCUCACCAUAAGUGAGAACAGCAGUACUGAAUAACAUGUGUCAACACACAGCCAGGCGAAAACAAAGCGUGACUAGCGUGACAGCUGGAUGUGUUGCUAGGGAAAGUGCAGGAGCCGAACAGAGCCUGGAACAGGCUGCUGUGUAAUAACUGUUCCUGAGCAUCUUCUCUUUCCAUGAGAACAUUAUGUCGGGUACACACCAAUAGGAAAAUAAAAAAUACAUCUGUGUUCAA